AUGGACGCCGCCGGCCCGCCGCCCGCGGCCUCCGGCAGCGGCAGGUCCUUCCUCGGGCUGUCCACCGCCGCCGAGGCCGCGCUCGCGGGCGCCGCCGUCCUGCUCCUCGUCGUCGCGGCCGCGUCGAUCGCCGCGUACCUGGCGCGGCGGCGCGGGGGCGGGCGCGGGGCCAAGCCGCAGUCCUCGCGCGUCGACCACGCGCUCUCCUCCGGCUCGCUCCUCCCGACCUCCACGCCCAAGCAGCAGAAGUACGCCGAGGUCGGGGCCGAGGUCGGCACCAGCUCCUCCGACGUGGCCAGCUCGUCCGCGGCGGCCAGCUCCCUGGAGUCGCCGGUGCGGAAGAAGCCGGAGAGGAUCAGCGGGGGCGGGGCGGCGCCGGGGGUGGAGAUGGGCUGGGGGAGGUGGUACGAGCUGGAGGAGCUGGAGGCGGCCACGGGCGGGUUCCGCGAGGCGAACGUGGUCGGCGAGGGAGGCUACGGCACGGUGUACCGCGGCGUGCUCGCCGGCGGCGAGGUGGUCGCCGUCAAGAACCUCUUCGAUCACAAGGGGCAGGCCGAGCAGGAGUUCAAGGUGGAGGUUGAAGCCAUCGGCAGGGUGAGGCACAAGCACCUCGCCGGCCUCAUCGGCUACUGCGCGGAAGGGCCUAAACGGAUGCUCGUGUACGAGUUUGUUGAGAACGGCAACUUGGAGCAGUGGCUGCACGGGGACGUCGGCCCCGUCAGCCCGCUGACAUGGGAGAUCCGUCUCAAGAUCGCCAUCGGGACAGCCAAAGGUAUCGCGUACUUGCACGAGGGGCUGGAGCCCAAGGUGGUGCACCGGGACAUCAAGUCCAGCAACAUCCUCCUGGACAAGAAAUGGAACCCCAAGGUGUCCGACUUCGGCAUGGCCAAGGUCCUCGGCUCCGGCUCCAGCUACGUGACGACCCGUGUGAUGGGCACGUUCGGGUACGUGGCCCCGGAGUACGCGUCGACGGGGAUGCUGAACGAGAGCAGCGACAUCUACAGCUUCGGCGUGCUGCUGAUGGAGCUCAUCUCCGGGAGGAGCCCGGUGGACUACAACCGGCCGGCGGGGGAGGUGAACCUGGUGGAGUGGUUCAGGGGGAUGGUGGGGAGCCGGCGCGUGGAGGACCUGGCGGACCCGCGCAUCGUGCCGGCGCCGGCGCCCAGGGUGCUCAACCGGGUGCUGCUGGUGUGCCUCCGCUGCAUCGACUCCGACGCGCACAAGCGGCCCAAGAUGGGCCAGAUCGUGCACAUGCUCGAGGGCGACGAGUUCCCCUUCCGCACGGAGCACCGAUCGCCGCGGGCGGCUCACCGGCCGUCGACGAACGCGCGGACGUCGCUUCUGGCCGAGAAGGCCGGAGCCGACGACGCCGACAAAUCCACGUGGAGAUGA